AUAACCUUGGAGCUUUUGGAUAAUGUGACAGUUGGGAUGCAGUGAUGUCGACUCUCUGUCCACCACCUUCUCCAGCUGUUGCCAAGACAGAGAUUGCUUUAAGUGGUGAAUCCCCUUUAUUAGCAGCAACCUUUGCUUACUGGGACAAUAUUCUUGGUCCUAGAGUAAGGCACAUUUGGGCUCCAAAGACAGAACAGUUACUUCUAAGCGAUGGAGAAAUAACUUUUCUUGCCAACCAUACCCUCAAUGGAGAAAUCCUUCGAAAUGCAGAGAGUGGGGCGAUAGACGUAAAGUUUUUUGUCUUGUCUGAAAAAGGAGUAAUUAUUGUGUCAUUAAUCUUCGAUGGAAACUGGAAUGGGGAUAGGAGCACCUAUGGACUAUCAAUUAUACUUCCCCAGACGGAACUGAGUUUCUAUCUCCCACUUCACAGACUGUGUGUGGAUAGAUUAACACACAUUAUCCGGAAGGGAAGGAUAUGGAUGCACAAGGAAAGGCAAGAAAAUGUCCAGAAGAUUGUCUUGGAAGGCACAGAGAGAAUGGAAGAUCAGGGUCAGAGUAUUAUUCCAAUGCUUACUGGAGAAGUAAUUCCUGUAAUGGAACUGCUUUCAUCUAUGAAAUCCCACAGUGUCCCUGAAGAAAUAGAUAUAGCUGAUACAGUUCUCAAUGAUGAUGAUAUUGGUGACAGUUGUCAUGAAGGCUUUCUUCUCAAUGCCAUCAGCUCCCACUUGCAGACGUGUGGCUGUUCUGUUGUAGUAGGUAGCAGUGCGGAGAAAGUAAAUAAGAUAGUAAGAACAUUAUGCCUUUUUCUGACUCCAGCAGAGAGAAAAUGCUCCAGAUUAUGUGAAGCAGAAUCAUCAUUUAAAUACGAGUCAGGGCUCUUUGUACAAGGCCUACUAAAGGAUUCAACUGGAAGCUUUGUGCUUCCCUUCCGGCAAGUCAUGUACGCGCCCUAUCCCACCACACACAUAGAUGUGGACGUCAACACCGUUAAGCAGAUGCCACCCUGUCACGAACAUAUUUAUAAUCAGCGUAGAUACAUGAGAUCAGAGCUGGCAGCAUUCUGGAGAGCCACUUCAGAAGAAGACAUGGCUCAGGAUACCAUCAUCUACACAGACGAAAGCUUCACUCCUGAUUUGAAUAUUUUUCAAGAUGUCUUACACAGAGACACUCUAGUAAAAGCCUUCCUGGAUCAGGUCUUUCAUUUGAAACCCGGUCUAUCUCUCAGGAGUACUUUCCUUGCACAGUUUCUGCUCGUCCUUCACAGAAAAGCCUUGACACUAAUAAAAUAUAUAGAAGAUGAUACGCAGAAGGGGAAAAAGCCUUUUAAAUCGCUUCGGAACCUGAAGAUAGACCUUGAUUUAACAGCAGAGGGCGAUCUUAACAUAAUAAUGGCUCUAGCUGAGAAAAUUAAACCAGGCCUCCAUUCCUUUAUCUUUGGAAGACCUUUCUAUACUAGUGUCCAAGAACGAGAUGUUCUAAUGACUUUUUAAAUGUGUAACUUGUUAAUAUUUGCGUCACGAUCAUAAUUGCUGGUAAAGUAGCUCCGUGGUAUUGGGAAACAUGAUUCCCUCGGGUUAUGCCCUAGAGUCCUACUCAGCAAUGGUAGUUAGUUACACUGCAGUUGUCACAGAAAGCCCGUAAGGGGAUGUUAGGUGCAGUUACAAUAAAUGCACCUUUUCCUAGAUGUGCUCUCUUGGGAGACAGACGUAUGUUUACAAUUAUAGUAAAUAUUAUUGCUAUCUUUUAAAGAUAUAGGAUAUAAACUUGACCACAGCUACUGUUUUUUGAAACUUAUGAUUCAUGGUUUACAAGUAUCCACGUGAAAUCUGAGUUAGCUCUCACAGAUAUAAUACUAGUUGACUUUCCAUCUCUUGGUGUUCCUU